GGGGUCUCCUUCGGUUACAGCGUUUGUCGUCAGCUGGGGCUACCAAGUUUGGGCAAGGACCCUUAAGCAAAUUGUAUCCUGGAGUGGCAGCCGUCAUCGUCACCCAUCGGAUCCAAGGACGUUACCCAGAGAUGCCCUGCGGCCUAUGGUAAAUAUCAGGUUGUAGAAAUGUCAUAGCAGAGCAUGCUGCCUCCGCACUAUGGAAAAUGUCAGAGGUUGAAUUUGAGAGUUCAUGUGGUUGGGAAGCAAAGUAAUGUGAAAAGUCAGUGCUACAAACGGUACCUGGUACAGAGAAUCAAAUGGAGGAUACAAUUAAGGAAACCACUUCCGAUGAGAACAGAGCUGGACGUGAUUCUAGCUGCAUCCAAGUUGAGGUGACCUACAUGAUGAAUGAUAAUUCUCUGAGUACUGCUGAACAGCCAGAGUCAAGGUCUUCUGAAAUGGAAUUUACUAAUAAUUCUGGUAUGUCAGAUAGUGUUUCAGCUUGCCCUGAUGCCAGCUUGUUAUCUGAGGAUACCUACUGUCAGCUUGCAGACUCCGAAACACCAGAAUGUUCCAAUAAUUCCUGUAGUGAGACAGUCAUCACCAUGAAGGACCAAGUUACCAUUGGUCAAGAGGAAAACUCUUCUGAAGUGGAAAAGGAUGCCUUCUUCUGUCCAAUUUGUCAUAAAGAUUUCAAGACACCCACUGAAUUAAAGGAACAUUUCAAAAGCCACCCUUCUCCACCUCAAGACUUCAAGUGCUGGCAGGGUGGCUGCUCGUUCACUGCACAAGACUUUAAGAGAUUUCAGUCUCAUCUCAGGCGGGAGCAUAGAUUGUCACCGGUGACUUGUUCUCACCGCACCUGCCGCCUUCUGUUCCCGAACCGUGGAGAGAUGUCCCGACACUUUCGCAACCAUUUUCCAUUUCACUGUAACCAUUGUGACUUUGUCAGCUCCAACACAAAGGUGUUCUGUCAGCAUAUGAAGUCUCAUUCUACACAAGGACAAACACAUUUAGCUGUAGAAAAAUCUAAAUCCAAACAGCCAUCUCCAACAGUUGAUCCAACAAGGGAGAGAUCAGGUCAGAGCAUACCCCAGUCUAAUGAAGUCCAUUCCAUAUCAGUCCUUACGGGCAGAAAACGCAGGAAAAUAUCGACUCGAAAAAUAGAAAUGGAAAAUUCAGAGAAGGGCAUUGAAGAGGACAAUGAAAGUGAUCAUGUUGUAAAGAAAAGUGCAAAGAGACAACAGGGCGUUCUUACUGCCAAAAACAAGGAUUCUUCAUUUAAAGGUGUAGUGGCUGUUGAGAAUGGCAAGGAGCAUCUGUUUAAGACCCACAUGUGUCCAGAGUGUAAGCGCUGCUUCAAGAAAAGGACCCACUUGGCCGACCACCUCCACCUGCACUUCCCUGACCCCAACCUCCAGUGCCCAAACUGUUGCAAGUUUUUCACCAGCCGUAAUAAGUUGAAGAUCCAUAUGAUGAGAGAGGCUGGCGAGAAGGUGCAUCGCUGCUCACUGUGCGACUACAGUUCUGUAGAGCGGAAUUCCCUCAAUCGUCACAUGGCGAGCAUCCAUGAGGGGGUGUCUAAUUUCUACUCUGACACAUACUCCUGCCCGGUAUGCCAGGAGACCUUUAAACUUAGCCAAGCUCUGAAGGAUCACAUGAAAGGGCACAAAUCUGAACAGAAGAUGCUGUUGUGUUUUGAGCAGGGCUGUGACAAAGCCGUGUCCGAUCGUAAAGAGUUCCUCCGACACCUGAAGGAGUUGCAUGCAAUCCAGGCAGUGGAGUGCAGGUACCAUGCCUGCUCACUACUCUUCAAGAGCCGCGAGGAGAUGGAACUGCACCGCAAGAACCACUAUGCCUUCCACUGCCAGGAAUGUGACUUUGUUUGCUCCAAUAAACAUGCUUUCCGCAAGCACAAAAAGCGUGGGCAUCCGGGUACAGAAGAGCUGGCAUGCCGCUUCUGUCCAUAUAAGAGCUUUAAUCCAGUGGAAUAUGCUGACCACGUGGGCAAGAUGCAUGCCAAUGAGAAGAUUCACCGAUGCGAAGACUGUGACUUUGCCACUGCACACAAGAGGGUCCUAAUACGGCACAUAUUACUACACACCGGUGAGAAACCACAUAAAUGUAGCCAGUGUGACUUCAUGUGCCGAGACAUCAGUUACCUCUCUAAACACAUGUUAACUCACUCCACGGACAAGAACUAUAUGUGCACAGAAUGCGGGUACAUCACUAAAUGGAAACACUAUCUGAAUGUGCACAUGCGCAAACACAGCGGAGACCUCAGGUACCACUGCAAUCAGUGUUCCUACCGCUGUCACCGUGCAGACCAGCUGAGCAGUCACAAGCUUCGGCACCAGGGAAAGACUCUCAUCUGUGAAAUCUGUGGAUUUGGUUGCAAGCGCAAGAGCGAGCUCCAGAAACACAUGCAAGCCAAGCAUUCACAGUCAUCCCAGAUACCCAUGUACCAAUGCCAGCACUGCAGCUAUCAGACAAAGUACAAACAAACCUUGCGCAACCAUGAGAAUGGCAAACACACCAAGCACAGAGAGUUCCGCUGUGCACUAUGCUCCUUCCGCACUUUCAGCAACACCAGCCUCUUCUUUCACAAACGCAAGUCACAUGGGUAUGUUCCAGGAGAUCAGGAGUGGCUGGAGAAGUAUGCCACCAAGCAGCAACAGAUCAACCACACAGACCUGCUGUUUCCUUACAAAGCGGAAGUGGCUGCCCCUAUUAAACAGUCUUCCUCUGUUGAUAAACAGACACACCGUGGUAAUCCCGGGGAGUUAGAUACUCAGGUGCAGGAAAAUGUGGAUGAACAGACCUCUGAAUGUUUGCAAGUUAAAGAUCUUACUGAGACAGCUGGUGAUACCAACAUUUCAGUGACAGAGGAAUCUUUAUUGGCUACAAUUACACUGGAACCAGUUGAAACAUGCAGCAUAGAGAUGGAAGACUUUCCAGUUCAACUUGAGCUAUCUGCAACUAAUGAACUUUUGGUCAAAGAGACCUCUGUAGAGACUUUGGUUAAUUGUGAAGGUUCUCUUCCUACAAGGGGAGAGAUUCUGUGCUUUUCUGAGACUUUGGCAGUUGAGGAACACGUGAGCUGUGAACAGGAUUAUGAGGAGGAGGCUGACACUCAGGCAGAUGAUCAAGAGAAGAUCGAGAAUUGUAUAACAGUCCAGUACAAUCAAGAGCCAAUUUUGUGCGAACUUAACGACAAAUGUGAAGAGGUACCCAUGGAUGCUAAUCUAGAACUCCAGCCUGGAGACAUCCCAGUAGAAGUACAGGAGUCCUGGGCAGAUGUUGUGAAGGGUGGCGUUCAGCUGACCAUAGUAUGUGAAUCCAGUGGUCUUGACGAAAGCAACAUUCAGGAAAUAGAAACCUCUCUAGAUCAAACCUCUCUAGAUGAAGCAGAUGAAAGCAGCAGACCAGAGUCCAUUCUAAAAGCUUUGAGAAAGCAGGAUAAGGAGCAAGCUGAUACUCUUGUUCUUGAAGGCAGAGUCCAGAUGUUGGUAGUCCAGUCAAACAGUCAGGUUUACAGAUGUGAGAAGUGCUCUUACAUUACCAAGAAAAAAGGAUGCAUUGACCAACAUGCAAAAUCUGGCUGCCACAGGCGAAAACUUUCUUUAGUGUGUGAAAAAUGUGGAGCCAGCUUUAAACAACAGAGAGGACUCAAUACCCACAUGCUUAAGAAAUGUCCAGUAACACUUAAAAAGAAAAGGGCUUGCCUUAAGGCAAAAACUUCAGCUGAGAUGAUGGGUCAAGUUAGUGAGAGAAAUGUCGGAGAUAAUCCUGUUAAUACCGUAUCUGCUGAGGAAGUGAUUCCUGCUCCUCUAGAAUCCAACAUUCCCGCAAACUGUCUAGAAUCUGCAGUCCAAUUAUCCCCAUGUCAGGACUUUGUUCAGGAACAAGUUAAGGAAAGCAUGCCUGACCGAAUACUAGAUAAUGAGGAAAUGGACACAGUGUUAUCAUCAGCAGCAUCAGAGGACCAUAGGAAUACUGACUCAGGACUGGUGGAAAGUCAGAAGUACAGAUUUGAAGAAGGAAAGUUCCGCUGUAUGUUUUGCUCCUACACAUGCACUAGAGAAUGUACUAUCAGCUGUCAUGUGAACGAGAAUUGCCGAGCGUUGAGGAUGGUUCCAUGUGCUCUUUGUCCAUCAGUCUUACGCUCUGAGGCUGCCAUGAGAAAACAUCAGCAAGAAAAGCACAGAGGACUGGAGAGCAGUCGAGAAAAUGGACUUGUAUCCGAAAGCUCUGUAGAUGAGGAGAGCCAAAAUACCGAAGAUGAAUUUCAAGGGAACAAUGGUGAUAUUAGCAAAGCAGUAAAUAACUCGCAAUGCGCUUGUAGACUUUCUUGUCCCACCUGUCCUUUUACAUGUACUCAAGAACGGGCAAUGAGAACACACAAGAAAAAGGGAUGUUUAAAGGAAGGAGAGCUCCAGUGCUCCUUGUGUUCUUUUAGAUGUAUGUCAAAAGCAGCUCUUGAACGUCACAGAGAACUUCACAAGAAAUAUUCUAGGAAUAGAACACAGCUCCAGUGCAAACAUUGCGACUUCACCUGCAAGCAGCAGCGUUGUAUGAAGCAGCAUGAGUGGAUCCGCCAUGAAGGAGUAAAACCUCACCGCUGUCGUUACUGUGAUUUCAGCACCACCAGGCGUUACCGCCUGGAAGCUCAUGAAUCUCUGCACACUGGAAUUGGCCGGAUAUCCUGUAAUUCCUGUAGUCGGACUUUUGGCACAAACUCUAAACUCAGGCUACACCAAAGGAGAGUUCAUGAGAAACAGCCAACUCACUUCUGCAAACUUUGUGACUUUAGUGGUUACAGUCAGAACGAUAUUGCUCGGCACAUGGGCAGUUGCCAUAGUGGUGAACCUGCCUUUCCAUGUACUGUUUGCCAGUCUACUUUCAGUUCUGAGGCUGCACUGAAGCAGCACAGUCUGAGGAAACACCAGGAGAAAACGAUUCAUGAAUGUUCACAAUGUCCGUUUUCCUGCCACAGCCAGGCCACUCUUCGAUGCCACAUUCAGAAACUACAUCUACAGUUAGAAUGCAGUAUCUGCAAAGAGACUUUCUCUCGCAGGCAGGACAUGGAGGAACACCGCAAAUCUCACUUUUCUCACCAUUGUCAACAAUGCCAAUAUGCAGCUAAAGACAGACAGCAGCUUGUGAAUCACUACGCGGAGGAGCAUGAAACAUCAGCUCUUCAUGGGGCAGGGGGAGAAGAGGGGCAUCUGCGCUGUCCUUUCUGCUCAUUCUCCUGUCGUCAUCAACUAGUGUAUGACCAUCACGUCAAAAGCCACGGAGCAACACGUGUGUACAAGUGCUCAGACUGUGAGUAUAGCACAAGGAACAAGCAGAAGAUCACCUGGCAUAGCCGAAUACACACGGGCGAGAAGCCAUAUAAAUGUCACCUCUGCACUUACGCCUGUGCAGAUCCUUCACGUCUUAAAUAUCACAUGCGAAUCCAUAAAGAUGAGAAGAACUACCUGUGCCCAGAAUGUGGAUACAAAUGCAAAUGGGUGAACCAGCUGAAAUAUCACAUGACCAAACAUACAGGUCUAAAGCCAUACCAAUGCGAGGAAUGUGAUUACUGCACAAACAGAGCCGAUGCCCUCCGUGUACACCGGGAGACUCGUCACAGAGAUGUCCGCUCCUUUAUCUGUGAGCAGUGUGGCAAGGCAUUUAAGACUCGCUUUCUUCUGAAAACACACCUGAAGAAGCACAGUGAGGAAAAGCCAUAUGUCUGCAACAUGUGCCAGCGUGGCUUCCGCUGGGCUGCUGGUUUGCGCCAUCACUACCUCACCCACACAAAUCAGCAGCCUUUUUUUUGCCAGUACUGCUCAUACAGGGCUAAGCAGAGGUUUCAAGUGGUUAAGCAUAUACAGCGGCAUCAUCCCAAUCAUCAAGACCUUGCAAAAGGUGUAGGGAAGGAGCCAAAUUUAUUCUCUGUCCUUGGCCAUGACACAGUGUUUCAGCAGGCUCCAGACAGUGACAGGCAAACUCUGUCUCCAAAAACACCCUUAGCUUAAAAAAAAUAAUUAAGUGAAGGACAAUUUAUAAGCUGUCAUUUAAAGACUGAUUUGCUAUAGAACUAAGGUACUGUCAUUACAAAAGGUCUACAACAGGCAUGUCCAAAGUGCGGCCCUCCACCUGUUGUGAAACUACACAUACCAGCAUGCCCUGACACAGCUUUAGCAUUCUCUGACAGCAAAACUGUGUCAGGGAAUGCUGGGAUAUGUAGUUUCACAACAGCUGGUGGGCCGCAGUUUGGACAUGCCUGGUCUACAAAGUAUGAGGAAUGUCGUCUUGGGAAAUGUUUGGCACGACAGAGGCUGCUCUCAGAAUUGUAGCCUUUGACAACUGGCACAUAACUGCCACUAGUAUUUCUGGAUAAAGUCUCUGGGUGGGAUGUAACGCCGGCCGAGUUUGAUGGCAAACCCAUGCCUUGUAAAUAAUUGCCCCUUUAAAAAAAAAACUGUUUUACAGAACAUCAGCUGAAAAGUUGCUGAUGUUGAAUUAAAUGUAAUGUGUGUAAUUAAAUGAUUUAGUUUGACUUCUAGCAUGUUUGCAGAAUAUACUUAUAUUUAAGUAUACAUAUAUUUAUUUUUAGAUUUUGUUUUAUUUUUACUUUUAGAAACAAUUACACUUAUUUGACCAGUGCAACAGUAUUGACUAUUUGUAAACUGCUGUAUUAUGGUAUGCGGUCAGCAUACCGUUAGUCGGGAUCCCAACUGGGUUACCAGACCGCUGCCUGUAUACCUGCGAGGUAAGUGAUUCCCCCUCUGUGGGUGUCCACGACAUCCUUUGAGGGAGAAUAGAACCUGUGGCGAGUUUAGCUCACCACAGAGCCCGCACGAGGAUUCGUUGCGCUCGCCUCCCUGCCGGCAUUCCACCGCUCGGGAUGCCGAUGUCUGUAUACUGAUAUUUGACAUCCCCAGCGGCGGUAUCACAUACCGAUCCCUGUAUAACAUAUACUUUCAGACCUACUACACUGUACUUUAAAUUCAGUAAUUGCCCUCUCCGCUCUGCCGUAGGUUCUAUAAUAAAGGAUCGGACAUAAUUCUUCUCCCAGUGUCAAUAUUUAUUUAUAAUUUGACUGGGUAAACUAGGCCAGCAUAGCCGUUUAGGCCAACAAAUAUCAGCGAUAAAACCGUUCCAAAACAGAACUUUAUUGCUUAUGUCCAGUGUUUUAUUUGCAUUUAUUUACUGUAUGACUUUAUCUGUCUCAUAAAGAAUUUUUUUCACAUUGA